AGCUAUGGUCCAGAAAAUAUAUUUGAAUCAUCAGAAAGUAACAAGGGAAUAACACAGGAAGAGGAAUAGUUGCAGACCGAACAACAGGGAAACGAUUGUCCCUGCACCCAGGGACUACCACACAAAAGCAGUGGAGGAGGACUUGGGUUUGGGGAAGCAGCAGGUGAUGGAGAAGUACUUCACUCCCGUGCAGCAUAAGCAGGGGACCAGGAGCCACAGGCACAGCAGGCCCCACCUCCAUGACCAUCACGAGAGGGACCACAAGCAUUGCAAGAUUGCUGACCAAAAAACUGAUCACCACAAACACCAUCACCACAACCAUGAUUAUCAUCACCAUCCUCAUCACCAGCACGAGCUAGAUUGGUCAAAGGAUCACAAUUGUCAUGGUAGCAACCAUUCAACAUCAGAGGGCAACAUUGUCUGCCACCAUGGCCACAACAACCACCCUCACCACCACAAUGAGAAAUCACACCACUCUCCUCCUGGCCAUCCUCAUCACCAACACCAACCGCAUCACCAUGCUACAGAUGUGACCUCCCACCCUCAGGUUGCAGCAACUUCUUCCAGCUCUACCUCUGGUUCCUCAUCAUCAUCUUUCUCAUCUUCCUUCUCUUCCUUAACAUCAUCCUCUUCCUCCUCGUCAUCCUCUGGCUCUUCAUCCACCUGGUCCUCUCAGACCACUAUAAAUGAGUCUGUGAAGGAUUACAAACAUCCACUGCAGAACCCCAAGUACUCACAGUCCUGCACUGAAAUCUCUGAGGGGAGGAAGGCCUAUGAUGAAGAGGAAGAUGAGACAUCUCCUUUGAUAGAUGACGAAGGCUAUCUCCACAAGUCCCCAAGCCAGGAAAGGAGCCUGAAAGGAAAAAAGAAAAAGAAAGCUGUGUCCUCUCAUCUGACCCCUGCCAAGAUCACCCUGAAGAAGCAGGAGAGUGCUAAAUUGGUAGGAAUGGCUGGCAAAGUCCGCAAGGCAAAGUCAAUGGAGGCGCUGUCCCAUUGUGAGGACAGGGAUGGAGAUGCAGAUACCAUUGUAGAUCAGGAGGAGUUGUGGAAAAGCAAGGAGGUAGCCAAUAAGAACUUAGUGAAGGACAAGCUGAAGUUCUCUGCCUUUCUGAACGAGAUCACCAGGCAGGUGCUCAGCCCAUACAGACUCACCUCUCUUGGAGUCACAGCUGCUCACAGGCCUAGCAGCCCAGGACAAGCCUCCCUGAGGUUCCCCAAGGUGGAACGCACAGGGGAGCAGAGUCAAAGACAGAAGAGUAGUCGGCCUGGCAGUGCAAGCUCUACGACAGUUAGUGUUCACUCCCACAUCAGUAGGCAUUCCCAUUCCAGGAAGCACUCUCAUUCCAUCAAGCACUCUCGCUCCCAUCUCGGCGCAAACCAGCAUCACCAACACCAUUGCCACCAUCAGCCUGCAAGAGACAUACACCACAGUCCUAGCAGCCACACCGAUGACAGCAGUAGCCCAGGAAAUAGCCCCUCAUCAAGACAUCACUCCCGUUCUUCAACACCACACAAUCAUAACCAGCAUCUCUCCCAUUCUCAAUCUCACCACCAUCACAGAGGUCUUCAAAGUCCAUCUCAUCACCAUGGAGACCACCAAAGCCCAAAGCAUCACCAUGGAGACCACCACAGCCCCACUCAUCCCCAUCACCAUGGACACCACCACAGACAAAUUCAUCCCCAUGGAGACCACCACAGCCCAAGCCACUCCCGUGAUCAUGGGGACCUUCACAGCCCCGGUCAUCCCCAUCUCCAUGGAGGCCAACACAGCCCAACUCAUCCCCAUGGAGACCUCCACACCCCCAGUCAUCCCCAUCAACAUGGAGACCUCCACAGCCCCAGUCAUCACCAUGGGGACCUCCACAGAUCCAGUCAUCUCCAUCACCAUGGAGACCACCACAGCUCAACCCAUCACCAUGGAGACCACCACAGCUCAUCCCAUCACCAUCCCCAUGGAGAUCACCACAGCCAAACUCAUCCCCAUGGAGACCACCACAGCCCAACUCAUUCCCAUCAUCAUGGAGACCACCACAGCCUAACUCAUCACCAUGGAGGCCACCACAGCCCAACCCAUCACCAUGGAGACCACCACAGCCCAACUCAUCCCCAUCACCAUGGAGACCACCACAGCCCAACUAAUCCCAAUCACCAAGGAUACCACCACAGCCCAAAUCAUCACCAUGGAGACCACCACAACCCAACUCAUCCCCAUCACCAUGGAGACCACAACAGCCCAACUCAUCACCAUGGAGACCACAACAACCCAACUCAUCCACAUCACCAUGGAGACCACCACAGCCCAACUCAAUCCUAUCACCAUGGAAACCAACACAGACAAAUUCAUCCCCAUGGAGUCCACCACAGCCCAACGCACCCCUAUCACCAUGGAGACCAUCAUAGCCCAACUCACCCCCAUCACCAUGGAGAAACACUUUCCCAUCACCAUGGAGAUCAUCACAGCCCUAGUCAUCACCAUGGAGACCACCACAGCCCAACUCAACCCCGUCACCAUGGAGACCACCAUGGCCCAACUCAUUCCCGUCACCAUGGAGACCACCACGGCCCCACUCAUUCCCAUCACCAUGGAGACCACCACAGUCCCACUCAUUCCCAUCACCAUGGAGACCACCACAGCCCCACUCAUCCCCAUCACCAUGGAGACCACCACAGCCUAAGCCAUUCUCAUCACCAUGGAGACCACCACAGCCCAACCCAUCACCAUCACCAUGGAGACCACCACAGCCCAACUCAUCACCAUUCCCAUGGAGACCACCACAGCCAAACUCAUCCCCAACACCAUGGAGACCACCACAACCCAACACUUUCCCAUCACCAUGGAGACCAUCACAGCCCAAGUCAUUCCGAUCACCAUGUAGGUCACCACAGCCCAACCCAUCACCAUUCCCAUGGAGACCACCACAGCCAAACCCAUCCCCAACAUCAUGGAGACCACCAAAACCCAACUCAUCACCGUCACCAUAGACACCACCACAGCCCAACUAAUCACCAUAGACACCACCACAGCCCAACUCAUCAUCAUCACCAUGGACACCACCACAAUCCUCUCCACCCAGAUUCACACCAUCACCACGGCUCCCAUCCAGAAUCUCUCCAUCACCACAGAUCCCAUCCAGAAUCUCUCCAUCACCACAGAUCUCAUCCAGAUUCUCUCUAUCACCACGACUCCCAUACAGAAUCUCACGAUCACCGCAGCUCCCAUCCAGAAUCUCUCCAUCACCGUGGCUCCCAUCCAGAAUCUCUCAAUCACCAGGGCUCCCAUCCAGAAUCUCUCCAUCACCGCGGCUCCCAUACAGAAUCUCUCCAUCCCCAGGGCUCCCAUCCAGAAUCUCUCCACCACCGCGGCUCCCAUCCAGAAUCUAUCCAUCACCAGGGCUCCCAUCCAGAAUCUCUCCAUCACCAGGGCUCCCAUCCAGAAUCUCUCCAUCACCGCGGCUCCCAUCCAGAAUCUCUCCAUCACCGCGGCUCCCAUCCAGAAUAUCUCCAUCACCAUGACUCCCAUCCAGAAUCUCUCCAUCACCAUGACUCCCAUCCAGAAUCUCUCCAUCACCAUGGCUCCCAUCCAAAAUCUCUCCAUCACUAUGGCUCCCAUCCAGAAUCUCACGAUCCCCAAGGCUCCCAUCCAGAAUCUCACGAUCCCCAUGGCUCCCAUCCAGAAUUUCACGAUCCCCAUGUCUCCCAUCCAGAAUCACACGAUCCCCAUGGCUCCCAUCCAGAAUCACACGAUCCCCAUGGCUCCCAUCCAGAAUCUCACGAUCCCCAUGGCUCCCAUCCAGAAUCUCACGAUCCCCAUGGCUCCCAUCCAGAAUCUCACAAUCCCCAUGGCUCCCAUACAGAAUCUCACAAUCCCCAUGGCUCCCAUACAGAAUCUCACGAUCCCCAUGGCUCCCAUACAGAAUCUCACGAUCCCCAUGGCUCCCAUACAGAAUCUCACAAUCCCCAUGGCUCCCAUACAGAAUCUUUCCAACACCAUGGCUCGCAUACAGAAUCUUUCCAACACCAUGGCUCGCAUACAGAAUCUCUCCAUCACCACCAUAGUUCCCACCAAGAUUCCCACCACCACCUCUCUCAUUCAGAAUCUCAACAUUCACACUCCCAUUCUGAACCCCAUCACAUUUCUACCAACCCAGAAUCUCAUCAUCACCACCAUCCUUCCAAUUUUGAAUCUCACCAACAUCCCUCACCUGCAGACACACAGCACCACCAUCAGCACCAUGAGGGUCACCACAGCCCAUCAAGCCAUUCUAAGGAGCACUUUCCUGUCAGUGCAUCGGCUACAGAGCUGGAGUCAUUGUCCCAUUCCAGCAAGUCUGGUUAUUCCAGGAAUACCAGCAGCCCCACGAGUCAGGACGAGCAGCAGACGGGCUACAGCGGCUCAACUACCUCUCUACAUAAAGAAGCAUCUGAGGUUAAUCGAAUAAUGAAGCUUCAGGAGCAAAAUGUGGAUCUGCACCACAGUUUGUGCCAGACUGCCGUGCGAAUGGAGUGCAUGGGCACCGAAUUUAAGAGCAGUCACCAGCUCCUCGAGUCAGAACUACAGAACACUUGUGUCGAGCUGAGCAACCUCCUGGACAAAUUCAAAAGACUUACAGAUAACAACUCCUACACUCAACAGACCAACAAUCUCCUGCAGCAGAAGCUUCAUUCAGUGGCUCAGAGUAUGGACGGGGAGCAUGAGCAUUUGAACCAGCGGAUCACAUCCCUGACAGAUCAGCUGUCCUCAGCCAAGAACACCAUCCACAGCAUGGAGACUAUUAACGUAACAUCAUUGCUGCAGGAAGCCUUGGACCAACAUUUCCACAGAGAUGAUUCUGUCAAUCAAUUAAAUCUCCCUGCUGCGCCACCACCGGUCCAGUUCAUGGAUAGUCAUCAUUAUGGAAAGGUCACCGCCACAGGGGAGGACCUAUCGCUGGGAACAUUGCCAGAAGAGGAGGAAUCGGAUUGGUCGGAAAUGGGGGAUGAGGCUCCAAAAUGUGUUCUGAGGUCAGGGGGAGAUCAUCAUGGUGGUACAGCGGUUCAACCGUGGAGACAAGAGCGUAUUCGCUGGGCAGGGCAGGGAGAAGGAGAGACAGAGAGUGAGUCAGGGAGUGAGGAGAUUGUCAGACAAAACCCUCCCCGCUCCCAGCAGGUCCCCCAUCUCCAUGUUACCAUUCGCUCUGAGACCUUACCAGCCCCCAUAGAUGGUGUCACCCUCACCACCAUUUUCAAGAGCUCAGCUGAUGGCCCAACAGAGGAUGUGUACAGGGCCACUGCAAGCCGCAAACUAGGCUCUCCCAUCCGCAUCCUGUCAGCCAGUCUGGAUGAGAUCCCCUCCUGUAGGGGGAAGAAUCAAAGACAGGAGGAUCAGCAUGGCCAGCUGAAGGGUACAGAGGCCAUGAUGGACCUCCACCAACCAGAGGAUGGUACCAUGGAUGACUCAGAAGAUGAGAUCAUCCGUAACUGGAGGACAAGGAGCGGGGACAUGGGUGAUGAUGGCGGUGUGGAUACCACGGAGGCAGAUCCUGGCAGCAGUCUGGAAAACUUGCAGUCGGCCCAAAAUAUGCUCAACCACUUCAUCUGCCAGCUGCAGCCCAGCGAGGGGGAGGACAUGGGAUACCGGACAAAGUGCUGAAUGGGGAAAGAACACAGCUGUGACACCUGAUCUCUUCACAGAGACACAGAUGUUGACUGAGUUGGUGCAUAGUUGUUUAAGUAAUUAAACUUAAGAGUGAUUUUUGUUACAUUUGAUAUUCAUAAUUCAUCUAUGAGUAUGUUGUAUUUUAAACAUAAAGCAACAGAAUUGGUCUUUAUAACCAAUUUAAUAAUAAUAAUUUAAAUUAUAAUUCAAUUAUUUAAAUCUGAUUUGAAAGUUUCCAGGCCUAAAUAUUAUUCAAAAAUUUAAAAACAGCCAGCAACAAGUAAGAAAGAAACUAAAAUAUUAUUUUUGCUCUGCACCUGAACCUAUUAAGGCAAGCGGCCCAAGUUGGAGAUCGAGGAUCCCCAGUUCCACGUUUUGAUAUUUAUGAUAUAUUUCUCUAUUCAUAGUCAAAAACAUGUCCUGGUGUGUUUUUGUUGUUGUUACGCUAUGCUGUGAAUGGCUUUGAUGUCCUCCAGAGGUAACAUCAAACACAAAUCACGUCGCUUUGACAUCUCCUGUUCUCGGGUGCAAUCUCUCCGGGAAACACUGUCCAGGCCUCCCUCCGUCUCAUCAUAGCAGAGCACCGAGAACUUCACAGCCCAGCGCUUUCCCAUCACCAUGGAGACCACGGCCGAAUCUCACCCAUUCCACUGAUUUAUAGAAAAUAGAUCCUUUCAGAACCUCUUGUGCAUAAUUCAUUAUAGUGGUUGGUGUGUGUCUUUCUCUCGGUGCGUGCAUGUUAGAUAAGACGACAAGUGUUUCACAGAAUAUAGGUCCUUAGGUAAGAUUUAAGACAUGUACAUAGAUAUACUUUGUUUGUCCUCAUAAAUUAAUUCCUCUGCAGACAGACAUAAUGCAAGGUCUAGUUUGGACAAUGUAUACCAUCAAAUAUUUACUACAAAUAGUAUCCGUUGGACAUCACGGUGGAUUGGAAACAAGCUUUCUUAAGACCGGUUUUAGUUAAUGGUGAUAAAAUGAGAACAGAAUUUGGGGAUGGAUCGUGUGGUCUGGUGUGAAUGGUUCCAACUGCUAAAAUGUAUAAAGAUUUCCUCCCUAAAGUAAUAGUUAAGAAUCAUUUACAUUUAAGUCAUCCUUGGGGAAAACAAAGAAACAUAUUUAUUCUUCUUGCAUGCAAACUAUGUUUUAUCUUAAUAUAUUUAUGUCUCCAUGUUGAUAUGAUGGAAAAAGCAACAUGACAUAAUGUAAAACAGAAUCACCAUUAUCAUUGUGUUCACCAGAGGCAUGCAACAGUCCAGUGAGAUACACUACCUUUCAAAAGUUAGGGGUCACUUUGUUUUGUUUUUUAAAUAAAUCCACAUUUUUUUGUCCAUUAAAAUAACCAAAUUGAUCAGAAAUACAGUUAAUAAUAGUUUAAUGACUAUUGUAGCUGGAAACGGCAGAUUAAAAUAUAUAUAUGGAAUGUCUACAUAGGUGUACAGAGGCCCAUUAUCAGCAACUUCACUCCUGUGUUCCAAUGGCACGUUGUGUUAGCUAAUCCAAGUUUAUCAUUUUAAAAGGCUAAUUGAUCAUUAGAAAACGUCAACAGUGAAGAGGCGAUUCCAUAGAUGCUGGCCUUCUAGGCAUUUCUUGCAUGGAAUAGCCUUCAUUUCUCACAACAGAAAUAGAUCAAUUGUUUCUAGCCAUUUCGAGCAUGUAAUCGAACCCACAAUCGCUGAUGCUCCAGAUACUCAACUAGUCUAAAGAAGGCCAGUUUUAUUGCUUCUUUAAUCAGAACAACAGUUUUCAGCUGUGCUAACAUAAUUGCAAAAGGGUUUUCUAAUUAUCAAUUAGCCUUUUAAAAUGAUACACUUGGAUCAGCCAACACGUGUCAUUGGAACACAGGAGUGAUGGUUGCUGAUAAUGGGCCUAUGUAGAUAUUCCAUAAAAAUUCAGCCGUUUCCAGCUACAACAGUCAUUUACAACAUUAACAAUGUCUACACUGUAUUUCUAAUCAAUUUUAUGUUAUUUUAAUGGACAAAAAUGAGCGUUUCUUCCAAAAACAAGGACAUUUCUAAGUGACCCCAAACUUUUGAACGGUAGUGUAUGUAUGAUACAGUAUAAGCAAUGUUAUUAUUCCACAUGACAUUUCUGUUUUGUCCUGUAUGGGAUUUCCCACUGGUGACCAUAGUAAAGAUAUUUGGAUGGAUUGGAAGAAGCAUAUAUGCAAAGUUGAAAAAAUACUACAAGCAACAUUUAUUUAUCUUCAACCUAGCAUAUAGAGACAUGUUGGGAACAUAUAUCUCUAUUUUCAACCAAAAUCAUAGUCACAUGUCAACAUUUGAGGAAAGCACAGUGUUUUGUGAUGUCUAUGUUGCCAUGCUCUCUGCUGCCUCUCCCUCCAAUCCAUACCUCUGUCCUCCAUGGUGUAUUUCAGGACCAGUGAUAGAUAGAUUUCCACUAUUUACGGUUAUUUAGAAGUGGCGCUUGCUAUCACCAUAUUUCACCUUGUUCUAAUUCCCUAGGUUGAUCUUAAUUUAAACCAACCAUGUGUGAUAUGGUUUAGCACUGUAGAGCUGCUACUGUCUGUAUUUUUAUCGUUGUGUUGUGUCCUAUAAAUGUGUCUGAAUGUUCUCAAUAAAUAUAGUCAUC